GCAAUUGCUGCAAUAGGUUUGUUUACCAGAGAGUGCCCUGCCGCUGGCUGUGUUACAAUAGGCGGCGAGUUACAACUGGGGCCCCAUGGCUUUCUGUAAGAAGGUAGAUGCGCAACCGCAUUCACGUAAGGAGAGAUUUUCUCUGUUGCUUCUGGACCUGGAAGAAUAUUUUUUUGAACAGCAUAUAGCCCAUCAAAUAUUUCAAGACGCUGAGAACUGUGAAAGAAAAUGCAGUGGUUCGCUGAAAAUAUGUUCAAAGUCUCUUAUUUUUGAGCCAGAUGAUAACGAUAAACCAAUAUGUAAGAUUGCAUUGAGGGACUGUUCAAAAAUAGAGGAAGUAGAGAUGGGAGAAGACGACUUAUUAUUCAAAAACAUCAAGCAGAGAAGAUUGGUUGUUUUGUACAAUCAGGUCUACCUCAUUAAGGAGCAAAACAUAGUAGGAGCCUACAAAAUAGAGCGUGGCAAAAAUGGUGUUAUCUUUCAGCUGGAGGAUUCUAGAAGGGUUGAUGAUGUUGUACAAACCCUGCUUCAGCUUCAAAGAGCUUCUUGCCUUGACAAGCUUGGAGAUCAGACUGCAAUGAUAACUGCUAUUCUCCAGUCGCGUUUGGCACGAACCUCAUUUGAUAAAAAAAGCUUUCAGAAUAUCUCAGAAAUCUCAGACAUGGAGUGUGCGGCAGAAAUGGUUACGCCACUUGUCACCAACCCUGGGCACGUGUGCAUCACCAAUAAAUUCCUCUAUUUCCAGCCACUGAAUGGUUACCCAAAACACGUGGUUCAUAUUAAUCUAUCUGAUAUACGACGAAUAUAUAAGAGAAGACAUAUGCUGAUGCCGGUGGGCCUGGAAGUGUUUUGCACUGAAAAUGACUUGUGUUCAGAUAUAUACCUUAAAUUUUACAAUCCUACCGAUCGUGAUGAUCUCUAUUACUACAUAGCAGCCUAUUUAGAGAAUCAUGUUACUGAGCAGACAGCAGACAGCUAUAUGUUACAAUGGCAAAUGGGCCACAUUUCAAAUUACCAGUAUCUUUUACAUCUCAAUAACCUGGCAGACCGCAGCUGCAAUGAUCUUUCUCAGUAUCCUGUAUUUCCUUGGAUCAUAGCAGACUACACUAGUUCACAACUGGAUUUAACCAAUCCUGAAACUUACCGGGACCUUAGUAAACCUAUUGGAGCUCUAAAUAAAGAGAGACUUGAAAGAUUGUUGAAAAGAUAUCAUGAGAUGCCAGAUCCAAAAUUUAUCUAUGGAAGCCAUUAUUCAUCACCGGGCUAUGUACUCUUCUACUUGGUUAGAAUUGCACCCGAGUACAUGCUUUGCCUGCAAAAUGGGAAGUUUGAUCAUGCCGACAGGAUGUUCAACAGUAUUGGAGAUACUUGGAGAAAUUGCCUAGAAGGAGUAACUGACUUCAAAGAGUUAACUCCAGAAUUUUAUGGAAAUGAAUGUGGCUUCCUGUUAAACACUAUGCAUCUCGAUUUGGGAAAGCGACAAGGAGGAAAACUGGUUGAUGAUGUUGAACUCCCUCCAUGGGCAUCAGAUGCAGAUCAUUUCCUGAAGAAAAACCAAGAAGCGCUAGAAAGCCAGUAUGUAUCUGACAAUCUUCACGAGUGGAUUAAUUUAAUAUUUGGCUGUAAGCAGAGAGGAAAUGAAGCUGUGGCUGCUAACAAUGUGUUCCAUCCAGUUACAUAUGAAGGAGAAGUUGAUUUAAACAGUAUCGAGGACCCUGAUCAGAAGGUUGCAAUGUUAACUCAGAUUUUGGAAUUCGGUCAGACACCAAAACAACUAUUUACUAAGCCUCAUCCAAAGAGAAUUAUCACAAAUUCUAAGAGCAUGUCACGCUCUUCCAGUCUGAAUGUUUCCAUAGCUGAUUCACCAGGUUCCCUUAGUGAGGAAUCUUUUGAAGAUCUGACAGAAGAAAGUAAAUCUCUGGCAUGGGGCAACAUCACAAGGCUGCGAAUAGAAAGUGGGCACAAGAUCCAUAAAGAGUCCAUCACUGGUGUUGCAGUGUCUUGCAACGGAUCAUCAGUCUUUACAACAUCUCAAGAUUCAACCUUAAAGAUGUUCUCUGCAGACCAAAAAUCUCUUCAAAGAAGCGUUUCAUUCUCCAAUAUGGCCUUGUCAUCCUGUGCAGUCCUACCUGGAGAUAUGACGGUUAUGUGCUCGUCCUGGGACAACAAUGUCUAUUUUUAUUCAAUUGCCUUUGGGAGAAGACAAGACACUUUAAUGGGACACGAUGAUGCUGUAAGCAAGAUCCAAUGGUGCAAUAACCGCUUAUGUACUGCCUCCUGGGACUCCACUGUGAAGGUGUGGAACUGUGUCCCUGCUGAUGUGUGUGGGACAAAACGGAACAAUUUUGAUCUGUUGGCUGAAUUAGAGCACGAUGCUGGUGUAAACACAAUCAGUUUGAGUUCUGAUGGGUCAGUAAUGGUGUCUGGGACUAAGGAAGGUGCUGUGAGCAUCUGGGACAUUGGAUCAGCCACCAUGUUGCACCAGGUUCCUUGUCACAGUGGGACCGUGUAUGAUGCAGCAUUCAGUCCUGAUAACAGACAUGUCCUGUCCACUGGUGAAGAUGGAUGCUUAAAGGUCAUAGAUGUUCAAACAGGAAUGCUUAUCUCUUCCUUACCUUCUGGAGAAGUGCAGAGGUGUUUCUGCUGGAAUGGACACACAGUUCUGUCUGGCAAUGAUUCGGGUGAAAUGCUGGUUUGGGACCUACUGGGAGGAAGGAUUACUGAGAGAGUAACAGGACAUUCAGAUGCUGUAACGUGUAUAUGGAUGAAUGAGUCGUGCAACACCAUUAUCACAGGAGGAAUGGACCGACAGAUUCUGUUCUGGAAAUUACACUACUGACUUCUUUACCCCAGAACUGAAGAUUUUACUUCCCCCACCAAUCCUGUGCAAUAGCGCUUUGCUUGGUUUUGCUUAAAGGACUGUGCCUUAACUACUCACUGUGACCAUUGUUUUGUCCAAGGUAAAAAAAAUACCAACAUCCCAAGGGGCUGCAAUAGGUGUCAUGAAGGAUGGUUAAUAGGGGACCUUUAAAGCAUAGGAUUGCCAUUGCUGCAAGAAUGAAGGGAAACCAACAAUUUUAGGUACAUAUAUAUGCAUAUACACUAUUGUGCAAUCACGUGCCAGAAAUAUACUUGCAUUGGGGUAACCCAUGCAAUUCAUAUCUAUAAAAGUGACAUUUAGAAUAGGUCUGGCUGCUAUAACCCAAGGCCCCCAUAUGGCACAUUAGCAUACUCUACUAGUACUACUGCUUCUCCUAGCUGGUGUGCAGGGGGCUGGUACUUAUGGACUGGUUACUCAUGCAACAAAGACUUGAGCCCACACUGCCAUCCCAACCUGCCCUGAAUGGAGCAGGCCAACGUUCACAUUGUGAGCAGCUUGGGUCAUUGCUAAAGGAAGAAUGCUGUAUGAUUCACUUUGGCAACCAUUGGCACAAAAGCACCCGGGAAUGACACUGCCAGAAUCACUCAGCCAUUUCAGCUGGGCACGGGGUGGUGCCAGUCGUAGUUCUGCACAAGCUGGAAAGGGUUCCUUUAGUUGCUCUACACCUCUCUAUAAGCAAUGGUCAUUAAUGAAGCAUGAUUGUUUUAUUAUCCCCAAUCCUGAGUGGUUUUAGAAAGUUCCAAACCUCUUUUAAUAUCUGGAUAAUGCACAAGAUUUUUUUCUGUCCUAGAAGGGCAGGCCCUUCUGCCAAACCCUUAUAAGACAAGUAUUGCUACAGUAAGUGUAUAGAAACAACACACACCUGUAAUCAUGCUAUAUACACACAAUAAAGCUUCUGAAGGAAAUAGGAUUCUCAGUAUUGGGCAAGUUUUGGCUGCUGCUGCUGCACUUUUACUCCCAGCGCGGCAAGAUUUUGCCUCUCUCUGCAAAAGGCAGUUAACCAAAGUCACUCUUCUUCCUUGUGGAAUACACCACCACCACCACGUGAUAUGGUUGCUCUUAUAGAGCAUAAGUACAUCGUUGUAUAUAAAUGUUUAUUUUUUAAACAAGUGAAAAUAAACAAGAGAUGAGACUGGA